AUGUUGAUUUACGUUGGAUUUAAUAUUUGGAUGUUGAAUCAACUAAAUUCUCGUGUUCCUUUUACAAUAUUUGAAUUUUUAAUGGAUGUCGAUCCUGUGGCGUCUCAGCAAAAUCUGAUAGGGUUAUUGGAAUAUUACUUAGAGAUUGCAAAUAAUUACGUUCAAGAUAGGCUUUCAUCCUCGUUAGAAAAAUAUGUGGGUGAACGAAUAAUUGUAUCUCAUUUACUUAAUCUUACGAUCCAAUAUCCUGAGCUUGUAAAGAACAAUGAAAAGCAAAUAUGGGAUCGUCUCUCUGUGAAAAAUAUACAAACAAUAUGCUACUUUGAAUGCUUCACGAGAUUUUCUUUAUGUGUGUCAUCAUCAAACGAAACAGUACCGCUUUGGGAUGCAUUUUCUAGCUGGUUAUUGACUUGGUUGACAAAUGAUUCGCCAAAUGUUGUACCUCAUGUGAUUCCUGUAUGCUUAUUACUGGAUAGUUUAGCUAAUGAACAAUACGUUGUUAAUGACGAUAAUAUAGAUCAUACCGAAUUAAAUUAUUUGAAUAAUGUUAUUCGUACAAGGUGUACGUACAUUAUUCAACAAAUAACAAAUAUGAUUGAUGAGUGCGUCAUGGAUUUUCAUUUCAAUUCUGAAGCGGAAUCAUAUUUGAAUGCGCUCAUAGAAAAUUCUUUUUUAUCGCAGUCUUCAACUACAGAGCCGUCAAAUUGGAUUGAACCAUCAGAACAUUUAAUUGUUACUCCUCAUACCUUUUUCGAUCUUAAUCGAGUAUUAACCAUGCUUUCAUAUCGUUGGGGUACUGAAUGUGAACAUUUUUGGCUAGUGAUGCUUAAGUGCAUUGGAUUAGCCACAAAGCAAAAUGCUAUAAAAACAAUCGUAGAGCUUCUUCUUAUAAUUGAUUUUUCGGAAAUGUCAUUAGAGGAUGAAAGAACUGUGAGUAGGAUUAGUCUUGCUCGUGAAUUGAUUACUACAUUGGAGCUUAAAUGGAAGGACGUUGUUAGGUAA